AUGUUGCAGUGGAUCACGGCGGAGAAGACCGUGGGCACGUCGGCCUGGAUCGCACCGGAGAAGGCCGUGGAGACUUUGGCCUGGCUCGUGGUGGAGAGCCUCGUGGAGAUGUUGGUGAUGGCCUGGAUCGCGGUUGAGAGUUUCGUACAGAUUAUGGGGUUGGAUCGAGGUGGCGAUCUUCGUAGAGAUUUUGGCCCGGAUCGCGGUGGAGGGCCUCGUGGAGAUUUUGGCCCCAGUUGCUUCGGCGGAGACCACGACCCGUUCGACGACUUGGAAAGGGAGCUGGACGACCCGCUGCCGUACUUUCACGACGCUGACGCCAUCGACGGCCAGCCUGCCGUUGACGGGCCUCCCAGUUCCCUGGAGCUCCCCCCAGCCACGGACGUCACGUACUUCGCCGUGCUGGAAUUUCCCGAUGCGACGGCCGAGCGGACGUGCGAGGAGCACUUGAUGGGGGUCCAGGCGGCCCUCGAUGCCAUGGUAGAGGCAGCGGGCCAGGGGCGCAGCCACCCGGACGCAUCCGCCGACGACGUGGGCAAGGUUCCGUUCAAGUACAAGGCGGGGACCUGCGUGCCCGCUGGGGCCCAUCCUCGGCACCGCGCGUGGGGCAAGUGUCAGUGGCGCCACCUGCGCGUGUGCGUUCCCAGCCCCGAUCCCGAGGGUCGUCGCGAACGCGUUCGGCUGGGCGGCAUGGUGGCGCAAGGUGACCUGCCCGGCAACGGGAUCGUCGCGGGGUGCUGCUCGGUCGCGCGCGCGCUGGCGGCCUUCCGCGGCGGGGGCCUCGCGGCGCAACAGGAGCGGCGCCCCGAGGUCCUGCUCGCGAUCCACGUUGACGACAUUGACCAAGAGGUGGCGGCCGAAUUUGACGGGGUAGCAUUGCGCCCGAUGGCCAGCAGCGCGCGGGGCCUCAAGUCUGCGAUGGAGAGCGAGUUGGGCGCGAUGCUGGCCAGCACCAAGGGCGACGGCGCGGCUGUCACAGAGAUGGCCCGCGACGCUAUGAAGAGCUUGGGGCGGCCCGAGCGCCCGCCCAAGGCGCGGCGGCGGGCGCUGCGGCGCGCGCAAGGCGCCUCCGCGCGGCACCUGGGCGUCGACUUCCGCCCGGGGCGCCGCGAUCGGCCGCGGCGGGCGAGCGGGCGCGCGCGAGGCGCUGGGGUGGUGCACUCAGCUGGGCUUGUUCGGCGCACGGGGGCGCGCUCGGGCAUGGCCCUCGCGCGCAGGGCGCCGCGGGCAGUGGCGCAGAUUGCGGGGCGCCGUUGGAUCUGGCGCGCCGCCGCCCCGGCUGCGCAGUGGAAGGCGAGGUCACGGGCUUCGCUGACCUGGAGAUCCAGCAGCUGCGGGCCUGUGGCAAGGCCCUGCAUGGGCAUGCUCGCGCCAAGCCCGACGCGUGCGGAGCCGUUCCGCCAUGGCUCGACCCGCUGGGCGACUUGGUCUCGAGGGGGAUGUCGCUACGCGGAGGAGCGGCGGCGCUCGGCCGACCGCCGCCAGGCGAACGGGCGCGCCCUCUCGACCGAGGAGCUGCGCGCGGCCAUUGACUGCGCCGCGCUCGGGGCGCUGCGAUCGGCCGCUGCGGGCGAGCCGGCCACGGGCUUCGCUGACCUGGAGAUCCAGCAGCUGCGGGCCUGUGGCAAGGCCCUGCAUGGGCAUGCUCGCGCCAGGCCCGACGCGCGCGGUGCCGUUCCGCCAUGGCUCGACCCGCUGGGCGACUUGGUCUCGUUGGGGGUCGUCUGCUACGCGGAGGAGCGGCGGCGCUCGGCCGACCGCCGCCAGGCGAGCGGGCGCGCCUUCUCGGCCGAGGAGCUACGCGCGGCCAUUGACUGCGCCGCGCGCGGAGCGCCGCGAUCGGCCGCGGCGGGCAAGCCGGCCACGGGCUUCGCUGACCUGGGGAUCCAGCAGCUGCGGGCCUGUGGCAAGGCCCUGCAUGGGCAUGCUCGCGCCAGGCCCGACGCGCGCGGUGCCGUUCCGCCAUGGCUCGACCCGUUGGGCGACUUGGUCUCGUUGGGGGUCGUGCGCUACGCGGAGGAGCGGCGGCGCUCGACCGACCGCCGCCAGGCGAGCGGGCGCGGCCUCUCGGCCGAGGAGCUACGCGCGGCCAUUGACUGCGCCGCGCGCCAUCUGCAGCAGGACCGACCCGAGGCGCGACCUGUUGGCGCGAUGCUACGGUGCUUGAAGUGGGCGAGGGGGGCGGGCAAGCCGUUCAACCGAUACGCGAUGGCGCCGACGGAAGUGCGAGCUGACACCGCCGCGCGGAGUCGCCUCGGCAACGACGACGGCCCAGGAGUUUGGUGGGGGGGCCUGAGGGGCGUCGUCGGCAAGAGGUACGUCGCGCCGCUGACGCGGCGCGUCCUGGCCGCCACGCGCGGGGCCUACGUGGCGAUUGGCCUCGCGCACAGGCGGUGCCACUUGCUGCAUCCGCUGCGCUUGGUCGGCGUGCUCGAGAGCCCAGACGUUUUGGCAAAGGUGACGGGGCACCUCUCGCCGGGCCAGACGUUCUUCGUUGGGGAGGAGUUGCGCCACCACGGCCCGGAGAGGAGGACCUUCCUGAAGCUGGCCGUCGGCUCGGGGUGGGUGCCCGAGUGCUCCCGCAAGGAACCCCUCAAAGUGGUUGUCGAGAGGUUGUCGGCCCAGCCGGUGGUCUACGCGCUCGGGGAUGCGUUGCGUGUCGUGCGAUUUCUGGAAGUUCGGAUCGCCGCAGAACUUGCCAUGGAAAGCCUUCGCACCUCUGCACUACAGUGGAUGGAUAUUGGAGGCGCAUUCUCUGCACCUGUGCUGGGACAAGAUUACUCUACGCCGUCACCUGUUGGCCGCCGCCGCGCCCUGGCGCCAACUUCCAAGCUCAAGUCGAAAACCUUCAUGUUGACGUACAAUCAGCUGUCCAUCGCGGCCACGUCCUUCGGCGCGUUCAAGACGUCUCGCCCGAACUUGAAGACGCGUUUCGGAGCGCGGGCUAGGAGUCGCUGCGAGCGCAGGGCGCAGGGCGACACCAUUUUCACUGGCACCUCUUGCGGACUGACGCAGUUGGGGCUGCAGGGCCUGGAGAACGCAGGCGCGCACGCCGAGCCUCGCGAGCACCCCGUCGCGAAUGACUCUGUCGAGGAGUUCGCUGGGGGCCCAAUGUGGAGGCGCCCAGUGCUCUUCAUCGCCGGGGGCACAAGCCUCGGCAAAAGCAUGCUCGGCGGCGCCGACUCGCAGAAGGGCGUCGCCGACGCACUUCUGUUGAACAGGGUCCAGGAGGGGCCCCAGGGAAGGCCGAAAGUUUUGAUGGGGGCGCGCUCCGCCACCACGAAGCACGCUCACGCCAAGACCUACGCUCGCCGAGCCAUUGUGGCCGCCGUGGGCCUUUCUGCCGACGACCUGCGCCUGCUCCGCGCGGAUUGUCGCCUGUCUGAUCCGCGCGACGAGGUGGUGGCGCGGGCCGCCAAGACGGUCACGGGCUUCCUUGACCACACAGAUCUAAGUGGCCCGGCUCUCUUCCACGACAGCAUCAACGGUGCUGAUCCGACUGCGCUGCGUGUCCAGGCUUUGGCCCUCGAUGCUAGGGGCGACUGUUUGGCGGACGCCUGA